AUGUGGCCGGUCCCCGGCAUGGCGGCGCUCCCCCCGCUCCUGUCCCGCCGCUCGCUCCUCCUCCUCCUCCUCGUCCCCCGUCCCGGGCAGGCCCGCUGCAGGACCCGCAGGACCCUCCACCUCACCGCGCAACGGAACGAAGCCGUGGUCAUCUCCGGAAGAAAACUGGCCCGGCAGAUCAGAGAGGAGGCCCGGCACGACGUGGAAGAGUGGGUGGCCUCCGGCCACAAACGGCCGCACCUCAGCGUGAUCCUCGUGGGAGAAAACCCCGCCAGCCACUCCUACGUGCUCAACAAAACCAAGGCAGCGGCCGAAAUAGGAAUCAGCAGCGAGACGAUCCCGAAGCCCGCCUCCAUCUCGGAAGAAGAGCUCCUGUACCUGAUCGGGACGCUGAAUGACGACGACAACGUGGACGGCCUCCUUGUCCAGCUGCCCCUCCCCGAGCACAUCGACGAGAGGAGGGUCUGCAACGCCGUGGCUCCGGACAAGGACGUCGACGGCUUUCACGUGGUCAACGUCGGCCGGAUGUGUUUGGACCAGUACUCCAUGCUCCCCGCGACCCCUUGGGGGGUGUGGGAGAUCAUCAAGAGGACAGGAAUCCCGACGGUCGGGAAGAACGUGGUGGUGGCCGGGAGGUCGAAGAACGUGGGGAUGCCCAUCGCCAUGCUCCUGCACACGGACGGCAGGCACGAGCGGCCUGGGGGGGAUGCCACCGUCACCAUUUCCCACCGCUACACUCCCAAGGAACAGCUGAAGCAGCACACGAUCCGAGCCGAUAUCGUCAUCGCGGCUGCCGGGAUUCCCAACCUAAUCACGGCUGAUAUGAUCAAAGAAGGAGCAGCCGUCAUCGACGUGGGAAUAAACAGGAUAAACGAUCCCGUCACCGCCAAACCCAGGCUGGUGGGGGAUGUGGAUUUUGAAGAGGUGAAGAAGAAAGCCAGUUUCAUCACUCCAGUUCCCGGGGGCGUGGGCCCCAUGACCGUCGCCAUGUUAAUGAAGAACACCAUCAUAGCCGCCAAAAAACUGUUGAAACCUAAAGAACUUGAAGCACUGAAACCAAAGGAGCUUGAAGCAGUUUCUGCCUAAAAGCCGAAUUCUUUAUUUUCUUUUUUGUUGUUUUUUUCCCAUUUCUCCGCUACGUCCCCGUCAGAACAUUCCACGGUAACUCCAAAAAACAGGCCGACUUAAAAAUGCAAUAUUUAUUUAUUCCGCAGA